AUGACUCCCACGCCACAAAUACAUGCACCCCUGCGACUGGAGAUCGCCAAAGAAUAUGAUCUAAAUAUCAUUCGAUUUCUCGUUGCCGGGUUGCGAGAUUUACCAGUCAAAUUUGCAGAAAACAGGAAAACGCUUUUCAUUCACCCUGAUCUUUAUACGAAUGGUCUGCCAACCCCUGUUCGUGAGAUCCACAAUAUUUGCAGACUUAAUAUGCAAACUGGGCAAACGGGUCGUAUGAGCUUUGCUCUGUUACCAAUGCUUCGGCAAAACUCAGCAGACCUCUGUCGCCGACUAAGCCACGCUGCGACAUUCGAAGAGUUACUGGCAUGCAGUCAAGCUUUGGUGUUGAUCCAAUGUAUGUUGAUUCUUAAUGAAAACGGCAAUGCAUGUCCAUAUUCAGAGGUAAUCAGUGUUAUGCUGGCGGGAGUUGCUGGGAAACUGUGGCAACAAGCGCCUAUUCAACUUCCGCGAACCCUCAGUCCUCGAUAUGCUUGGCUUCUUGCUGAGAGCGUUCGGCGGACGAUUAUUGUCUGUUUCAUGUUACGCAGUGCUUACUCGUUGAACACGAGGAACUAUUCAGUUCGAACACCGUUUAUAGACUCUUUGCCGUUUGAUUUACGGACGAAUUUGUGGGAUGAGAAUUCUGAGAUAGCGUGGGAAGAUGCACUCUCCGACUCUAACGAUUCCAUGGUUUCAUUGCAUGAGUGGUCGGAUGGAUUGGCUGCGGGUCGUGUUCAUGAUGUUUCUUGUUUCAGUGGGUUGAUACUGGCGGCCUGUAAAGGGAAAGCUGUUUCCUCGAUUCCGUCUCCGCCUGUAAACUCUUAUAUCGACAGCUGA